AUGGCGGCUCCGGGGCCCGGGGGGCGGCGGGUCCUGGCAGACGUCGUGGCAUAUGUUGAAGUCUGGUCAGUGAAUGGAACAGAAAAUUACUCCAAGACGUUUACAAACCAGCUUGUGGAUAUGGGGGCAAAGGUUUCAAAAACUUUUAACAAACAAGUAACUCACGUUGUGUUCAAAGACGGAUACCAGAGCACUUGGGACAAAGCACAGAAGAGAGGCGUGAAGCUCGUCUCAGUGCUCUGGGUUGAAAAAUGCCGGACAGCUGGAGCGCACAUCGAUGAGUCACUGUUCCCUGCAGCUAAUACCAGGGAACACCUACCAAGCCUGAUUAAGAAAAAACGGAAGUGUAUGCAGCCCAAAGACUUUAUUCCUAAAACACCGGAACAUGAUAAAAGGCUUCAGAAGAAAUUCGAGAAAAUGGCUACAGAGCUACAAAGGCAGAAGAGAAGUCUGGAUAAUGAUGUCCCUGUCCUCUUGUUUGAAUCGAACGGCUCGCUGAUGUAUAGUCCCACAAUGAAAAUGUGCAGCGGUCAGCAUAGUACGAUGCUGAGGAGGUUACAGGAGAUGAAGGAGAAAAGGGAGAACCUCUCCCCUACCUCUUCGCAGAUGCUUGAAAACUCUCAUAAUAACCCAGCUGACACCCCAUGUGAAGCUUCAUGGAACAUUUCACACAAUACUUUGUAUUCAGAUGAGUCCUUUGCUGAUGAUCUGAACUCAUCUUUUGACAAUCUUUGUGGAAAGACGGGAUGUGGAAGUCAGGAAGAGAAGCUGGCAGGAUUUGUGGACCAAGUUAAAAGUGAUGUGUGUGUUUCUUCGCCUGCACUGAAGACAAGUUGUGUCCCUUCGUUGGCACCUCCCGGUUACCUCUGUCAGUUAACUCCUCAGAAGCCCACGGGUGCUCUUUCCAAAGAAGAGAUUCGUGGGCAGAGAGAUCCUGCAGCUGAAGUGGUCACCCCUGACAAGCAGCAGUCGGAGGGAGCAGCCAGGGAGGGGCUUGACGAGAAACAUAAUUUGUCCCCUGUGCCAUCUGCAAGCAAAUGCCGCCCUUCAGGACAUUCACGAUCCAAGAGCUCUCCGGCAAAGAGAAAAAGAGUAUCCGGGAGCUCAAAUUCCCACCCAGAAGAAAGACUGCAGAAGAAGAAGUGCAGUGGGAAGGCUGCCGGGCCACAAGUGCAGCUGUGGAAGUCGGGAGGUCGCCUGCCGUUCACGGCCUGGCCUGCUGUCGAGGCUCCUGGCGGCGAGGUGUCCUCGUACGAUGAUUAUUUUUCACCUGAUAAUCUUAGGGAAAGGAGUUCAGAGGCUCUUCUCCCUGGACCUCAGCCGUCCGCAGGCCCUGCUCAGUUCAGCUGCAGAGGACUUUCUCAGAGGGAGAGAAGAAACAUACUGCAGAUGUGUGACUUUUCCUGCCUCGGCAAACACCCCAGGUCAGUGGAUGUUGUCACCGGUGUCCCAGCAAAAACUAGCUCCAGUCUUCAGAAACCUACACACAAGCCAGCAGACGCGAUGAGGGGUCUCCUGACCUCUGACGGAACGGGUGCUGCUGAAGACGCCCCAGGCUGUUGUCAACAGGCUGCCGCUCCUAGGAGAGAACAUGGGCACCCGGCUGGGGAAGGCUGCUCUCGCGUAGACGAGGAGCUCGCUCCGCCAGAGGCACAUGGAGGGGAAGGACUUCAUGGCGAUUUAACUCCUCUGGAAGGAAGCAGCACAGAAAUGAAAGGAUCGGUGGACGUGAGAAGCACGCAGAAGGAAGAUCGUGCUUCUCGCCCGUGGAGCUCCUCUGGCGGUGAAGUGCAGUGUGGUUUUGUGAGUGAAGGUACAGUGGACACGCCUGCAGGAGACAAGGAACACUCAUCCACGGGAGGUGAUGGAAGUGUUAAAAAUGGACCAACCAGGCAUAAUGUUUUGGGGGGCUCAACGGGAGCCUGUGAGGACCUCACCAGACCUCACGAGGAAUCAAAGAAAAGAGGGAAAGGCCAAAAGCCAACGAGAACAUUAGUCAUGACAGGCAUGCCAUCUGAAGAGCAGAACAUCGUUGUCCAGGUUGUGAAUAAAUUGAAGGGCUUUUCCUUUGCCCGGGAGGUGUGUGAAACUACCACUCACGUGCUGUCUGGGAAGCCUCUGCGAACUCUGAAUGUGCUGCUGGGAAUCGCCCGUGGCUGCUGGAUUCUCUCUUAUGAAUGGGUACUGUGGUCUUUGGAAAUGGGUCACUGGAUUUCCGAGGAACCGUUUGAACUUUCUAACUACUUCCCUGCAGCUCCUCUCUGCCGCCUGGAGCGUUAUCUAUCCACGGGGAGAUACCGGGGAACCCUGUUCGCUGACCAGCCGAUGAUGUUCAUCACCCCAGCCAGCAGUCCCCCCAGGACCAAGCUGUGGGAACUGGUCCUCCUGUGUGGGGGUCAGAUCACGCGGAUCCCACGCCAGGCCAGCCUCUUCAUCGGACCCUACCAAGGAAAGAGGAAGGCGACAAUCUGGUAUCUGUCAGAAACCUGGAUCUUAGAUUCAAUCAUUCAGCACAAGGUCUGUGCCUUUGACAACUACCUACUGCUGCAGUGA